UCUACACUGAACCUAAAAGAAAGACAAUACGUAAUAUUUUUAUAAAUAUAAUAUUUUACAUGUUAUAGCAAAUAUUUUCCUGCGGAGUGAACAGUGAGCAAAAAAAUGGUGUUAUCUAUGGAGAGAUGGGUCGGCAGAGUGGCCGUAGUCACCGGAGCUAGUUCAGGUAUCGGAGCUGCUAUUGCAGAAGCUUUGGUAGAACAAGGGCUUAUUGUUGCUGGUUUGGCACGAAGGAAAGAUCGUCUGGAUGCGUUAGCCCAAAAGCUUUCCAACAAACAAGGUACAUUCCACCCAGUCAAAACGGACAUAAGUAAAGAAGAAGACAUCCUGAACGCCUUCAAAUGGAUCAAGGAAAACCUUGGCCCAAUACACGUUCUUGUCAACAACGCUGGCGUUUUUGGAAAGACUACUCUUGCAGACGGAGACACUGAAAUUUGGAAAAACAUUCUCGAUGUCAACGUCCUCGGUUUGUGCAUAGCUACAAGAGAAGCUAUAAGGGAUAUGAGAGAAAAUAACGUAGACGGUCACAUAAUUCACAUCAACAGUGUUACGGGACAUCAAGUGACCACGUUCCCAAACGCUAACUUGUACCCUGCCAGCAAAUUUGCGGUGACGGCCUUGGCGGAGACUUUGAGACUGGAGCUUCUCAACUUGAAGCCAAAAAUAAAAAUUACGAGCCUCAGCCCUGGACCUGUCGACACGGAAAUAUUUCCAGACGUCUUUAAAGAACAAUUUAAAAAAUUCGUUGAAAACAAGCAAAUAAUCGAAGCCGAAAAUGUUGCAGAUGGCGUAGUUUACGUUUUAUCGACUCCUCCACAUGUACAGAUUCAGGAACUUACUAUAAGGUCAGUCGAUGAGUCAUUUAGAUCCGAAAUAAGGCUCCCCACAAGAAGAAAUCAAGAGGGGUUAGAUCUGGGGCUCUCGGAGCAAAUUAGUAGAUAUUCAGUAUACUGUGAGGUAAAAAAAAAUACAAUGGUGCUGUCUAUGGAUCGUUGGGUGGGCAAAGUGGCCAUAGUCACUGGUGCUAGUUCAGGAAUUGGGCAUGCCAUUGCAGUGGCGUUGGUGGAACAAGGUCUUAUUGUAGCUGGUUUGGCGCGAAGAAAAAAUCGCUUGGACGCGCUGGCAAAAGAGCUUUCUAACAAGAAAGGCAAGCUCCACCCCAUCAAGACAGACAUGACUAAAGAGGAAGACAUUAUAAACGCUUUCAAGUGGGUCAAAGAAAACUUAGGCCCAGUUCACAUUCUCAUCAACAACGCUGGUGUUACGGGAUCCACAUCACUUGCAGAUGGAGACACUGAAAUUUGGAAGAACACUCUUAAUGUCAACGUUCUGGGUUUGUCCAUAGCCACGAGAGAAGCCAUAAGGGAUAUGAGAGCGAACAAAGUAGAUGGUCAUAUAAUUCACAUCAAUAGUAUUGCAGGACAUCAAGUAACGAAGUUUCCAGACGCUAAUGUUUAUUCUGCCAGCAAGUUUGCGGUGACUGCGUUAGCGGAAACUUUGAGGCUGGAACUGCUCAGUUUAAAGUCAAAGAUAAAAAUUACGAGCCUUAGUCCCGGACCUGUAGACACAGAAAUUUUUCCAGAUAUUUACAAGGAAAGGUUGAAAAAGUUCAUUGAAGAAAAGCAAAUAAUCGAACCUGAAAACAUUGCAGAUGGAGUCGUGUACGUUUUAUCAACACCUCCUCACGUGCAGAUUCAAGAACUUACUAUAAGGUCGGUUGAUGAAUCAUUUAGAUCUGAAGCGGCCACUUAUAGCAGCAAGUAAUUUGUAUUAUUAUAUCAAGAACAAAUGUAUCUUACAAAUUUGGUCUAUUUUUACCCUACAAUAUGCCUUCUUGCGAAUUUAUUUCAUAAAUAUAUACAGAGUGUAAAUAAAUAAGAGGUGAAUUCCCUGUGGGAAAGUAAAUCUCAUUUGAACACCCCCUGUGAAGCUGCAACCGCUUAAACAGGAUACCAAAAAAGUAGUUUUUAAUUUUUUUGUGAAGUACCAAUAAAGUGACAGAUAUGAAAUUAAGUGACA